AUGAGCUCCCUUCUAUCUAAAACAAAAUUGUCACCCAAGGAUAAAAAGUAUUCACAACUGGUCGAGAAAACACUCGCCACGUUUGAUUCACUUGAAGAAUGGGCAGAUUAUAUUGCAUUUUUGUCAAGAUUACAAAAGUCUCUUCAAUUGAAUAUAGACACUGCAAAGGAAUCAUACUACGUUCCAUAUUCAUCCCAAGUUUCCAAUCGUUUGGCAUUAUGUCUAUCCUCAGACCUUCCCAAUGGUGUACAUCAAAAAGCUUUGAGUGUAUAUGAGUACAUUUUCGACCGAUUACCUGAAUCAACUUUGAAUAAAGAUAUAAAUAUUUGGUUGCCGGGCUUAUUACCACUCUUUUCGUAUUCAUCGAUCCUGGUUAAACCUCUACAAAUCAAGAUGUUUCGCCAUUUAAUAUUAUCACAGUUGAGUGCAACCACAUUAUGUGGCAUCAGCAAACCAUUUAUUCUAUGCUUGCUUGCAGGAUUAGACGAUGAAAACUCAGAAGUAUUUGGAGACGUUAUUGAAUUGUUGGAUGCUUACAAACUGAAACUCAAUAAUGAUUCGCAUUUCUGGCAAAGUAUGUUUGUCUGCAUUAUCAGAAACCCCGAAAGGAGACUUGGUGCAUUGCAUUGGUGUGUAAAGAGGCUUCCCCUGUUUAUCAGCUUCAAAGAUCAAAACGGAAAAACAGUACUAUCCGAAGAGGCUCAGCUCUGCUUAAAACCAGAACCAGGGUUGCUAAUCAGAGCAAUGGCAAUAUCGAUUGAUAAUCCAGAGUCGUUUGAUGUAGUUGUUGUUAGAGGGUUUUUUGACUUAAUGUUGUCUCAUAUACCUUUGGAUAGUGAUGUUAUUACUAAUCGAAUCACUCCUACGGACAGAGAAGUACUUAUAAUGGCAUGUUCCAAGAUUACAUUGCGCAAAGACAUGAGCUUGAAUAGAAGAUUAUGGACUUACUUCUUGGGACCUGAAACUGAGCACGAAAGUCUGAAAGCACUUACGCGAACAGAGUACUUUAAGCAAUAUGUCGAGGAAACAUUAAUUAAUGGUCUUUUAGCAAUGGCACAUUCUGAUAAAAUCGAAUUAAAAUGUGACGCGUUCAAGAUUUUGUUGCCGUUAAUUAUGGAUAAAUGGGAGAUUGGAAAUGUUUUGACUCCUAAGUUAUUCUCCUCGUUUUUAAAGAUCGCAUACAAUAAUCGUGAUCACCAGGACUUGAUGAUUUCAGCAAGCACUCUUUUCGACGGAGUCGAAUCAAUUUACAUUUGGUCCGAUAUCAUUGGAGUUAUAUUGUCAGAUGAAAGCGACGAAGAGGAACAUGAAUUUGAUGUUGUUCAUUUUGUUUUAAAGGACUUCAAUGUCAAUGAAGAAGAAAUGGCUACACUUCAUGUGCCAUUUGCAAUUUUGUGUUUGCUUGCUAAAUCGACAGUAACUCCCAAAAGAUUAGAUACAUUAGAAUUGUUAAUAAAUUUGGUUUCAGCUCGAUCUUUGGACACUUUAGAUGAAGGAGUUACUUGUUGCGAAAGUGAGAUUAUUAACAAAAUAGAAACGUGGUACUCUUCAAGUCUUAAAGGUGAAAGUCCUAAUACCCCCUUUUCACAAGGUCAAGUUUCGUUUUUGAUAGUCAAUUUAUUACAAAAAGUUUACGUCGAUAAUAUGGAAGACACCCGGUUUUGCAUUAAGGUUGCUGAAUUAUUGAAUCAUGUAAGAAACUUUGCCAUGAUCAAGUCGAGCCACAGGAUCCAAGAUUCAAAGUUGGUGGAAAAAAUUUUGAAUGUUUCUGUUCCGGAUUUCAGUUGUGAGCUUAAUAACCAAGAUGGAUUAUUAGUCGCAUUUGGAAUUUCAAAGCUUGUGGGAAUAUUCUCAAAACUGUUGAAUCACGAAACUAACGAAAAAGUAUUAAAAGUAUUACUUUCAAAUUUGUGGAGUGCAGUGGUCUCGUCUGAUCCAGCGAACCAUCAAGUGGAAGCAGUGAGAGCAAUUUUUGAAUUGGAGACGUGUUACUCCUUGAAAAAGCUUGAGGCAGGGUUGGUAGAAUUAUUUCUAGCUUUACCUGAGAAUCGCCGUGUCAAGGCAUUUGAGAUAUUGUGGAUUCAUUCAAUGUCAAUCAAUGAAAGUGAUAGAAUUUUAGAAAAACCUCUUCAGUUGUUGCUCGACGGCUGUUCAGAUGCUAGCUCUCAAAACAGAUUACCCAUUGACGAAUUUUUAAAACAAGUCAUUAAGACUGGAGCUUCCAACAGAUUACUCAAGUUGAUAACUAAUCCAAUUUUGGCAUUUGAUUUUAUUGUUGCUGAGAAUGAAUCGUUACAAUUGGAUGAUGAUUUGGGCCAGUUUUCGUAUUUUUUAAAUUUGGUUGUCAAAGUCAUCACUGCGGAUGUUAAACUGUUUCGGGAUUGCUUUAACAAUGAACUUGCUGUUAUGGACAGUAAGACGAAAAUAACUUUGGUGAAGGAUAACAAUUGGAACAUCUCAACUUAUAAAUCUUUAUUGUUGUCGGUUAUUCAAAAAUUUUUUAAAUUGAAUUUAGCCACCGAAGCUUUUGAGGAUAGAGAACAAAUGCAGAAUUACUAUUCCUCAAUUGACAAUUGUUUACAGAUUUUGCACUUGUUAGUGACGGGGAAUGAGAAUGAUUUUGGAGAUUUGUUGAUGUUUUUGAUUCAGAUUUCUUUGAAACUUUCCAAAACUGGCACAGUAUCUCCGAUUAUCGAGGCUGUUCAGUCAAAGUUUUUGCAGUGUAUUUUUUACUAUUUGGAGCGUGCAACCGAGUUGAGGUUGAAUUUAAAUUUGCUACACGUUGAAGAACAAAACAAAAAUCCAUUGUUAAUUAAUUUUAUAUGUCUCGGAAUUCUGAAAAGCGAGUCCCCUAUAUUGUUGGAAAAGUGGAUGUCACUUCUUAUUAAAUCAUUAUACUUAUUUGGGGAAUCUGUGUUCAGUGUCUUGCUUGUCUUGAAUGACACUUUAAUUAAGAAAAUCGACAAUCUGUUUGACCAAUUUUCUACUUGGCAACAUUUCAAAGACCCGCAAGAUUUUGAAAGCUCUGUUGAUAUCCUUUUCAGUGGUUUGGAAGACUUAUUGACAAUCAGUCAUAGCUAUCUAAUGACAUCUAAUAUUAAACAGCAGGCUGAAAAUCAAAAGAAUUCCAAUACAGACAACGGUUUCUUAAAUACGGUUAUCCUGGGUGUUUUCCAAAUUGAAUCUCCCGCCAUAAGAUCAUCAGAACAGAACAAACUAUAUUCGAUCCUUUUGGCGUUUCAUGAUGCGGUGCGGGUGAGUUUCAAAAUCUGGAAUUGGUCUGAUUCAAAAACGACAACCCCUUCCACAGUGAAUUACUACUCAGAUAGAUCGUUGACGUAUAUUUCCCAUAAGCUCAAGUUUAGAGCUAGGAAAUUGUUGGAAUCGUUGUUGGAUAUGGAAAGACAGGAAGUGGUUGAGUCUAUUUUGAUUCUGAACGGUUCUGUGAAUGCUAAACUCAAGUUAAUGGAUAUAUUGGACGGGGGCAGACCUCAAAUGACUUUGCCUUCAAUAUUAAAGUCUAUUUUAUUGAGAUCCAAUUUGCCAGUGUUUUCAGAAUUGUCGCGUGUGGCUGUUGAUUUGGACUUCGAUUUGAAUAUGAAAGAGCUUUCGCGGUUCUUAGUCGACUUUUUGAAUUUCAUCGAUAAUGAUUCUGUUGCGGAUAUUUGGAAUCAUAUAAUGGUUUUUUUCAAAGAUGUUCUUACUCAUGUCGGUGCUUUUGAUGAAAUUUUGCUGGAUUGUCUACUUAUUUGUAGCGGCUUAUCCAAGAAGUUGACUUCCAUCAAAAAUAGAGACCACAAGUAUCAGAAAGAAUUGGGUGAUAUCUUUGUUCGUUUAUUUAAUCAGGUUCUAAAUUUGAAACAGUUUUUAGUUAGCGACAUGUCAAAGAAUAAUACAAAGACGACGCGCAAGGGGGAUUUAGUUAGUAGCAAGCCUGACUUGGAAAAUAAUUUUAGUACACUUUGCCAAAUAAUUCCUGUCUUUGAAGACAUUUUGCCCGACAGCGAUAAAGUAAGUCUGCUAGCCAACUUGACUGUCACUAAUUUUAUUAUCGCGCGAACAAAGCUGAAAACAGUUUCCGAGAUUCCUGAAGAUGUUGUCGUGAUUAUAAACAUACUUGGAGAAAGUAACUCUUGUCGUAGUUGGAAGACAUUGGUUUCGGAUUUGUUCAUGGAUAAGAGUUUUUUCAAUAACACACUGUCGAUGUCAAGUGUUUGGAGAUCUGUUAUCAACAGUUGGAUGGUACAUGAUAAGGAGAGAUUUGGUGAGAUCAUAUCCAGAAUAACAGUUACUUCCGGCGCUUCACCAAGUAAUUUGUUUGUAUGGAAUGAGAUGUCUGAAAUUGAAAACAAGGCUAACUUGUUGAAAAGAUUGGUCUAUUUGAUUUUGGUUCUUCCCAAGGAUUACUUUUUGAAUUAUUUGGAACCACUAUUUGAUAAGGUGAAUGUUCUUUUGAAUGGAAACUGCCCGGACAUCAUUCGUAUUCAAAUAAUGAUUCUUUUUAGAGCUGUCUGUUUGAAAUUCAAUGAGUUGCACCUAUUGCUGAAGUGGACUUUGAUUACACAUGAACUUUUAUCUACAUUUGAAAACUUGUUAGCCAAAUCCGCUAAAGAGUUAUCUACCUUGUCACAAGACAGCUUACAACUUAUAUUUUUUGGCUGUAAGCUAUUAGAUCAAUUGUUGAUUUUGAGCUACGAUGAGUUCAACUUGAAAGAGUGUUUGUUCGUAUCAACCAGUCCAGAUUUGGAUGAUGGUGAGUCCAUUUCAAUUAUUAGCAAAAUAUCAAAAAAGUACGAUUUGACUUACUUGAAAGAUGAGCCAUUCAAGGUCGAUCAAGCCCUGGGUCUGUUACGUCCCUUGUUGGAGGGGAAGAGAAAGAUUGAGCUGUUAACACAGUUAAGGCUUUUUUUUGACUCGCUUGGUUUGAUCAAUUAUGAAAGAACAUACAGCUUGUACCCUAUAGAUUAUGACUCCUGCACAACCGAUGCUUUGAGCGAUUUGGUAAAUUGA